AGCUCAGUUGCUUGGACCUGCUGCCACGAUUCGAGACGAUUGAACUUCUGGCUCUGUCAACUCGGCGACGGGUUGGACGGCGUUUGGCACAGCUGUAACCAAAAGCACAUACACACAAGAAUGGUGCCAGCAAUGUAGUUUGUGCUCACCAGUUCCUUGCUUGACAAGUCAUCAUCACCCCUGAACAGAUAUUUUCAGUGCCGAUUCGUGGACCACAGAUCUGUCGCUCUUGGAUCUAAUCAAGGAUGGUAGAAAGUGCACUUUUUUAACGACCCCACAUUCGACACUUGUGAGCCAUCAUGAUUUGUUAUUAAUCCACUGACUUCAGUCAUUCAAUUAGCACAUUAGCCCGCAGUUCUCGAGGGUUGUUGCCAGACGCCAAUAUGAUCACGCCCAUCCGGUUGAUUUGGCUUAAGCUCCGCCAUCGUUUGAAUUGGAGGGUUAUCAAGCUGUUCAUGUGUAUGGGCUACGGAGUGUUCAUGAUUGCUUUGGUUAUACACAUGCUUCAAAGUAAUCCUGGACCGGUCAAGGCUCUCAAGUCCUCGCCAUAUCGACACCUUUACCUGGAAGAAGAGAUCCCACCGGAGAUAGUUCAGUUCGAAAAACAGAUUGUUCCAGGUCUGGGAGAAGAUGGGAAAGGCAUCGAGAUCAAGGACAAAAAACUCUUGGAUGAGACUGUGAAAAAGUAUGCUUUUAAUCGUCUGGCUAGUGAUCAGAUCAGUCUGAAACGAACCCUGCCCGAUGUUCGCCAUGAAGCAUGUAAAAAAAUUCAGUACGACGACACGUUACCUGCUGCAUCUGUGAUCAUUAUUUUCAACAACGAGAUUCUAUCUACAUUAUUGAGGACCGUAUGGAGUGUGCUGCAACGCACACCGCCCGAAUUUUUGCAUGAGAUCGUUUUGGUGGAUGAUGCCAGCAAUUUAACGGAAAUCUCUACUGUCCUGCCAAUUUACUUGAAGUACAGACUGCCAGCGAAUGUGAUACUCCAUAGACUUGUGGAACAAGUUGGGUUAAUUGGAGCCCGUCUGGCCGGGGCCAAAGUGGCCUCUGGCGAGGCUAUUAUAUUUCUUGAUUCUCAUUGUGAGGCCACAGAGGGAUGGAUACAACCGCUCCUCCAGAGAAUCAAAGACAAACCCAACAACCUUGUCAUUCCAUCCAUAGACUCGAUUAGUGACAAAACUUUAGCUUUCAAUGGCUUCCCUGGCGGCGUGGGAAUAUCGGUGGGAGGUUUCACCUGGUCCGGUCAUUUCACAUGGAUUCCAUUCAAGCACAAUGGUACUCGCAAGCCCAGCGACCCCGCGCCCACGGCCACCAUGGCCGGGGGUCUAUUUGGAGCAAAUCGUGAGUUCUUCUUCAAAAUUGGAGGCUACGAUGAAGGCAUGAAGGGCUGGGGUGGAGAAAACCUGGAAUUGUCCUUCCGAACCUGGAGAUGUCAUGGAUCCAUGGAGAAUGUGCCUUGCAGCCAUGUGGGGCAUAUUUUCAGGGACUUUCAUCCAUAUUUCAUUCCUCACGAUAGCCAUGGGAUAAACACUGCCAGAAUGGCCGAGGUGUGGAUGGACGAGUACAAACGACUAUUCUACAUGCACCGCCAAGACCUGCAGCGAGAAAUCCCUAGCCCAAUUGAUAUAGGCGAUAUCUCGAGUCGUGUUCAAAUCAAGGACACUCUCAAAUGCAAGUCUUUUAAAUGGUACCUGGAUACUGUUUACCCAGAUAAGUUUAUUCUGGAUGACCAAUCCAUCGCCUACGGCCGAAUACGGAAUCAAAAAUAUCCAAACAUAUGUUUUGAUCACUUGCAACGAGACACUGCUCAUAAAAAUGGAUUUUACUUCCUCGGCCAAUACCCGUGUCACAACGUUCUCGGGGAUUCGCAAUAUUUCUCGUUGAGCCGUGACAAGUUUGAGCUUCGGAACGAAUACAUGUGUGCAAAGUCGUUUGACAAUGAGGGCUCAAUCAAAGUUCAAAUGGUUGGUUGUAGGGACCAACAAUCACGCAAAACGGCUUGGAAGUUCGAAAAUGGAGCUUUGAUUCACGUUGAUUCUGGGCUUUGUAUAACUGCGCCCAAUGAUUCUGCUGGAGAAGAAUUAGUGCUAUCCAAAUGUGAUGGAACGAAGCAACAAAUGUGGGAUUUUGAGUUUCUAAACCCUUGAUACUUACUUAUUCUGAGCUAUUGGCUAUGAUAGGUAUUAACUUUGAUGUGAUACUUGAAAGAUUUAUUGAAAAUCAAACUGGGUGUUAUAUAUACAUAUUUGAAAUGCAAUAAUAAAACAGCAUUUUAAUUGUUGAA